AUGCUUUCAAGCAUCUCGGGUGUAGUGGGAAGAAAGGGACAGGCCAACUACGCAGCUGCCAACACGUUCCUCGAUGCUUUUGCCAGCUACAGGCAGUCACAGAGCCUACGCGCAAACUCGGUCGAUCUUGGGAUGAUCGUGGACAUUGGUCAUAUUGCCGAUGAUGAGACCGGGCUGGAGGACAAGUUCGACAAGACUCGCUGGAUUCCCGUCAACGAGACAAUGCUGCGUAGGAUCCUGACCUACUCGAUCAUGCUGCAAGAUCCCAACGCACAGCUCAACAAGGAUAGCAGUACUCAGCUCGUCACAGGCAUUGCUUACCCUCUCUCACACGAUGAGGAGCCCCUGGUAUAUGACGCUCGAUUCAGCUAUCUCUAUGCCAGCUGCAGCAGUAAGCAAGGAGCUCCCGAUAGCAGCGAUGGCAACGACAAGGGCGAUCAAGCUCUCCGAACAUUCCAGGUGAUUCCUAAAUCAGACACAGACACGGCGACCUUGGUCAAAGCAUGUGUGGAAGUACCGUCAGGACAAUUUGCCAAGAUCCUGCAGCUUUCAGAUGAGGUUGAGGCCGGGUAA